AUGCGAUUUGAUCUCCUGAUCUGGGCAGCGGCCCUGGGGCUAACCGACGCUCUUACUUUCCCCGGUACUGGGCGCAGAAGAGAUGAGAACGAAAGUUCCGCUCUCUCUGGAACCAAGAAGUUUAUUGUUGAAGUCGAACAAGGCGCCCAACUCACCGACCUAUCGCGGAAGAUCGAAGCCACGGGCGCGACGGUCCUCAAGUCCUUCAACAGCGAGGUUUUCUCCGGUUUGAGCGUCGAGUCGGGCAAUGACAAUUUGGAUACCCUGCAGAGCCUUCGAGAAGUCUCGCAAGCAUGGCCGGUCAAGACAUACAAGCUCGCACCUCUCACGCCGCAGGCUUCUUUCAGCGACGAUGCCACAGCCCAGAACUGGUCCAUACACUACUCUACUGGGGUUGACAAACUUCAUGAAGCAGGUGUCUUUGGUAAGGGAGCGAAGGUUGCUGUCAUUGACUCAGGCGUCGACUAUCGGCACCCAGCUCUUGGUGGUGGGUUUGGUCCUGGAUUCAAGGUCUCUGGAGGAUAUGAUCUUGUCGGAGAAGGUGACCAACAGGUUUCUUCAGUGGUGAUCAAUCUGCUAACGGCCACAGACUACGAUGGUUCCAACGGGAAAGUGCCUGAUGAUGACCCACUCGACUCAUUGGGCCACGGCACACACGUUGCCGGUAUCAUUGCUGGAAAGAGCGAGUUCUACGCAGGGGUUGCUCCCGAAGUCGAAAUCCUCGCCUUCAAAGUGUUUGGUGCUUUCGAGGGUACCGAUGAAGACACACUUAUUGACGCAACCAUCAUGGCCUAUGAGUCAGGUGCAGAUAUCAUCACUGCAAGCAUCGGGCGCGCAGCUGGCUUUUCAGAUGGACCCUGGGCAACGGUGGCAUCUAGAAUCGUAGAGCAAGGCGUCGUUGUCACCAUCGCCGCCGGCAACGAUGGCGAUGAGGGCCCAUUCUACGCGAGCAGCGGUUCGUCAGGAAAAGAGGUUCUAGCCGUUGCCUCCGCUGACACGAGCCGAGUACCUGCCAAGCCGUGGCAUGCAACCUUCAGCGCUGAGGGUGUUUCCAACACGACGCAGCUGGCUUAUAUCCCACCCGUCAACAGACCACUGUGGAACGUUACCGGUCUACCCAUUGUGCCCCUGUCUUUCGACACCAAGGCAUCAGCUGAAGCUUGUAACACACUGCCAGAAACAACGCCAGAUCUCUCCAACGUUGUUGUCCUCGUCAGACGAGGAGGCUGCACUCAGUAUGUGAAGCAGACGAACGUUGAGAAGUUCGGCGCACAGUACAUGCUCAUCUACAACGACGACUACCGACCAUUUGAGCUGGUCGCCAACUCUGCAUACAAAUCACAAAUGGCCCUCAUUGACGCCAAAGCCGGUGCAGCUAUCAUCGAAACAGUCAAGGCCGGCGGCAACGUGACUGCAGACUUCACCAACCCUGCAGAUCCCAACUGGGCAGUUGGAUUCUUCGAUGCUGCUGGUGGGAUCCCUUCACAGUAUUCCAGCUGGGGCGGCACCUACGAGCUGGAGAUAAAACCCGAUAUUGCCGCUCCUGGUGCCAGCAUCUACAGCACCUAUCUCAACAAGACUUGGAAAGUCCUUUCAGGGACGAGUAUGGCUACACCCUACGUGGCAGGCGUCGCUGCGCUCUACAUAGGCAAGCAUGGGGGCCGCUCAGUACAUGGGAAGGGAUUUGCCAAGGAUCUCUCAAGGCGCAUUAUCUCCUGUGGGGAGUCUCUUCCGUGGCAAGCCAUUGUGCCUCAAGCAUUACCAACCGACUUUGGCUUUUUCGCACCUGUCGCGCAAGUUGGCACUGGCCUCAUCAAUGCCACGAAGUUGUUGGAGUCAACGACUUCGCUGUCGUUUGAGAAGAUGGCACUCAAUGAUACGAGAACAUUCAUAGGCAGUCACAAGGUUGACAUCACUAACAAUGGCGAUGAUCCUGUGGGCUAUACAUUCGCUGUGGAACCAGCAGGAGGGUUCAAUGCGCAAGGCAGGACUUCUCAGAUGCUUGCAGAUGUGCUUGACGUCAAGCCUAUUGAGCUUGUCCCGGACGUUGCACUAUCCACUGAUACUUUCAUCGUCAAUCCUGGAGAGACAAGAACAGCUGAGUAG